AGGCCGAGGGGGAGAAGUUCCCAGGGGUGUUCGCCGCCUUCCUGGCCGGCGGCGGCGUGUCCGUGUUGGGCAGCGCGAGAGGGCUGCUCCAGGGAUCCCGCGGGUUCGGCGAGUUCAUCUCCAAGCUGCUCUGGAUCGCUUGGGACGAGGGGACGCAGCGCGCCUUCCUGACGGGCGGCGGCAGCACCUCGCCGGCUCUGGGCCUGCUCGGAGCCCUCUUCGAGAGCCCCUCGAGCGGCGCCAGGGCCACGGCCGGGCUCCUGUUGUCCUGCCUGCUGGAGAGCAGGCUGCUGGAGGAGAAGGAGGAGCAGGCCGCGGCGGGUGUGAACACCAUCGUGGAGGAGAUGGUGGCCUGCUCGCCCGGCUGGUGCUCCGCCGACGGCGACGGCAAGACCGCGGACAAGGCCGAGGCCGAGCUGGCGGCUUUUGUCCAGAGCCUGGGCUCCACCGAGGAGCGCCUCGCCAGGAUCCUCGCCUGCGCCGACGCCGCCUGGCGUCUCAACGGCGGGACCGGGCCCGACCCCCGGUUGCUGAGCGCGCAGGGGCUGAGCGCGCCCAGGCUGAGGUCGACGGGGGUCGCCGGGGUCGCGAGGCAAGACGCGUGGUCGAGCGGCAGCGGCGCGCUUGAGCGCGACGCUUGUGCCCGCGGCAAGCGCGAAGCCGAACGGGCUGCCGGGCUCGUCGAGAUGACCUGGGCCAGGGCCGCAGAGGUCUGCCCGAUCAGCGGCAGCAGCUUCGAUGGCUUCGCAGCGCGCCUGCGCGGCGUUGGCUUCCUCGGGGCCUGGAGGGGCAAAGGUAUGGCCGCCUUUGCCGGCGCGGUGGUGGCCGUGACUUUUGUGCUCGGCGUGCUCGUAACCGUUCUCGUGUACGUCUUCGCAUUCCGGCGGCCGCCCGCGGGCCAGAAGGAGAUCAAGGCGCGCGGCCGAGAUAUCGAUGGGUGCCAAACAGCAGUGAGCUGGAACCCGAGUCACGAUGGCGUUGGAGCCAGAUUGGCGCAGCUGGAGCAGGCGCCCCGGGCUGCGACGCAACCGGCAGGAGCAGCGGAGGCCGCCGCCGACAGGGCAGAGGAGGCCGCUGCUGCCGGCGGGGCCAAAGGCAAGGGCGCGCGCCGUGGCGGCGGCGCUGAGCAGGCAGGGAACAUGCGGUUGUUGGGUAGGCCCGACACCUUCGAGGGGGUCGAGGCAAAGUAG